AUGCACCGCGUUCUUCUCAUAAAUGAAAUUGUCCGAAUCAUCUUCGCUAACAAUAUUGACUACGCCAAGCGGGACAACGGCCUGUUGAGCUGCGCGUACACUUGCAAGGCAUGGGCUCAAAUAGCGUUGGACGAUAUUUGGCAAACUCUCACGGACUUCGAGAUAUUACUGAAGAUUCUCCCUUCCUAUGAAGAAACCCGGCAAGGGCAGUGGUCCUUCUCGCGCGAGCCUACUGGGGCUGAAUGGGGACGCUUCGAAAGCUAUUGUCGUCGGGUCACGGGCAUUGAAAUUGAACACCGCACCUUCAAGCACAUUGCAGAAAGCGUGUUUGAUUCUCUACUAGCCCGUGAUCGGGCUCGUCGCCUCUUCCCCCGGAUGGACUGGCUUUUAUUUAAUCCAGAGACGUUUUGUGCCCGACAUGCGACCAUUUUCCUCACCUCUGCGAUGAAGAGCUUCAUCAUCUCAGACAGCAAAGUCGGGGCGUGGGAAGUCGAAGUCGUUGAGGACGUCAAGUACUUCCUCCGCACUCUGCUUGCAACAUCUACCCCUAACAUGACAGAUAUACACGUUGGCGGCCCCGUCUUUGAUCUUCCCUUGCUUGAGAAACUCUGCGAGCUCGACAAGUUGAACUCACUCAAUCUCAAUCUCAUGGCCGAAUUCUUCCGAGACGACGAACGCGCGGUUGGCCUCAUCCGUCGAUUAUGGGAGCUUCCUGAUCUGCAGAGAAUGGAGGUCAAGCUGGAUCCCAGCAUGAGGACCAUCGCUGCACCGGAUACAUUGCACCAAAUAUUCGAAGAAAUACCCGAUGAUGAUGCGGAUGAUCCAACAGUUAUCGAAGAGCUCCAGUUGGAAGCGCAGAUCCCCGCCGUCUGCGACCUCGUACGCUUGCUCCCAGCGCUCAAUCUUGAUAUUUCGACGAUGAAACCGGAGCCUCAGGAAGUAUGGGACGAGCUCUUGGACCUCGUGUUUCGGCUGCCUGCCGAACAUGCUUGCGAACUGCGCAUCCACUUCAAUAGGCCUAGCGACCCGCCCGAUUGGCAACGCCCCAUCUCCGCGCUGUUCUUUUUGCAGAUGCCCAGGUUCACGGCGCUCACCAGCCUUCGAAUCAGCGUAGCCUUCAAGUGGACAGACACGGUCGUGGAUCACAUCGCUCGCUCGUGUCCAGCGUUGCAGAACGUCAGCCUAAUGAGGAGCCAGGAAUACGCUGAAGAUGAAACUCAGCUGACCUGUGCUUCCCUCAAGUCCUUCGCCGUGCAUUGCCCCCAGUUGUGGGUCCUGCACAUCAAUAUCAACCCAACGCGCAUAACCCCUGACCAUACCCUGCUGCCAGCUGGGCACCACGGGAACACUAGCCUCCGCAUGCUCAUGCUGGAGGAAUACAUGUGGAUCGAAGGUGAUCUAGAUCUCACAGAAGGACGUUGGUGCCACCGCUUGAGUGAGGUGAUCGAUCACCUCUUUCCGCGACUGAACGGCUUUGCCUUCUGGCCCCCUCCGCGUCCUGGCACCGACGCUGAAAAUGGGCCGAAGGAGGUGAUCAGAGCUCGCGUCCUCGGAAACAUACGAAAUAAACAGCGCCGCCGCGGCCUGCAGCCUCCGGACCUCAUCAGAGACGAAUACCCGCUUGGCCUUUGGUGGGUGUAA